AUGGUCUGGGGCCCGUAUAUCAACGCCGUGCUGCGAUUCCACAUCUCGUUCCCAGACAUGUAUCCGCGCCUACCGCCCCUCGUCACCUUCUCGACAGAUAUCUUCCACCCCCUAAUCACCCCUCUCUCGAACUACACCUACACGACUGAUAUCCAGGACAACGGCACCGUCAGCGCAUCCGAUGCGGAGCGGUUACCGCCCGGCGGAUUCAGUCUCCGACACGGGUUCGCGAAUUGGUUUGGAAGGAGGAACAGAACGGCAUCCGGCUCAACAGGCAGGGCGCAGACACCCACGAAACCUCGUCCGGGAACGGCCAGUGUCGAAACGACCCCCGGAAAUCGAUCAACUCCCUCAGGAGACGUUCCUGCCUACGUACAAACAGGAACAGAACACGUAGCGACGUACGACGUUUUGAGGUAUAUACUGAGCACUUUCGAUGACGAGGCUGUGCUAGAUUCGGUGCCUCUAGAGGCGGCAGGGAAUCCUGGUGCGUGGCAUGCGUGGAGGACUCGUAGGAAGGCACAGGGGAAGAUAUUCGAUGAUGAAUUCAACCGGUCGGAGAGAGCUGAUGUGGGGACGCAUAAUAUGUCUCCCAGUGUGAGGCAACCUGGCGAUUGGAACUGGGACGGGGUGUGGGAAGAUAGGGUUAAGAAGAACAUCGCGGCUUGUCUUUCUGAAGCUGUGCUAUACGGUGGUGCGAGCGGAGUUGAUGACGUAAUCGGAUUCCUGCCAAUGGAAGAGGGUGAGAUCGAGGCGGUGAAGGGCAACCUCAUGAGGACACUUGGCGUGGCCAAGUAA